AUGAAGCCGACUAAGAUCCCUCCCAAGUUGAACCCACGCUACCAUAAACGGCAAGCUAGAGCAAAUGGGUCGUCCUUUACAGACCAAGCCGUUGGCGGUCACGCGCACAUCCAGCAGGUGUUGCGGAAGAAAGCCAUUGACAGUGACCAAGUUGGCGAAUUUGGCGAACUAGAUGUGCAGAAUGAUCUAAUGUACCUAGUAGAGAUGAGUAUUGGGACGCCAGCGCAGACGGUGCAACUUGGUUUUGAUACCGGAUCAGCGGAUCUCUGGUCACGCACAUUUCACAACCUAGUCGGUUCAACCUUUAAGAUUAAAUAUGCCGACGGAUUGUUUGCAAGCGGCACUGUGGGCACCGAUAACGUCAGCAUCGAUGGACUGGUAGUUAUGAAUCAGGCCGUCGAGAUAGCUGACAAGAUGUCUACUCAGUUUGCCAGCGGCGCGGGUGACGGGCUGCUCGGCCUUGCCUUCAAGAAACUCAACACAGUCAAGCCUCAGCCAGUGAACACACCGGUAGUUAACAUGAUCGAACAAGCCGAUAUCUCUAAAAGCUCCGAGCUUUUUACUGCUAAGCUUGGCUCGUGGUGUGAUGCGGACGAGCCGGACAAAGGUGCCUCGUUCUACACCUUCGGGUUCAUCGACCAGGCCACUGUGCAGGCAUCCGGCGAGCAGACUUAUUACACGCCGGUCGAUAAGACUCUGGUCGACGAUAUCAUCUGCCAGGCCAUCUACUACGCUAUUCCUGGUGCCACCUAUGACCCCCAGAGCCAGGAGUAUAUCUACCCGACAAACACAACUGUGGACCAACUCCCUGUUGUUUCAUUCGCCGUUGGUGGCAAACAGUUCGUUGUGCAGAAGGAGGACCUAGACUUUGCGGAAGCUAAGCCUGGGUAUCUCUAUGGUGGUAUCCAGAGUCGAGGCGAUAUGGACCUAGACAUUCUAGGCGAUACCUUUUUAAAAGGAAUUUACGGCUGUGUUUGA